GUCUGCCUGCGGAGGCAUCGGAUGCAGCCACCUUUCUCCGAUGUGGUGCCUCAGGUCAGCCUGCCGGGAGUGCCGAACGGCACAGAACCGGCAGAGGCACUGGAGGUGGGGCCGCGCAAUCCCGUAGCUGGAUUGCGCGGGUCCUCGUCCAACCAUGAAGAGCCUCACGAAGAUGAGAGCGGGACGGGCAGCCGCCGACGGAGUUUGCUAGGCCAAGUUGCCCAAGCGAUGCGAGACCUGGUUUCCAUCCGCACCCAGGUCCAGCAUCUCGAGACGUUGGUGCAGGAUGUGGCGGACGAGCUCGCUCCAGUUUGCUCCCAGAAACUCCAGGACCUCACAGAGCUCUCUGAGGCAGGUCAUGCAGACCAAACAGGGCGGGUACAAAGGCUUCGCGAGGCCGAGGGGCGGCUGCAGAGCAUGAGGCCCAGAGAGGCUCCGGAGGCGGAGCAUCACGUCAACCUCGAGGCUCCGACUCCAUUGCUCGAAGCUCUCGAAGCGGCACGGAGGCCCGAAGAACCAUCCCAUAUGCCCUCAGAGCGCGACGAGGACACCAUCCUCCAGUCUUCCGGCGCUGCAGGGCCAGAAAGCCCAGGGGCAGAUGUGCAGUCUUCGGCUGGUCUGCCUGCCGAGGAGGGGUCAGCCUCCGCGAGUUCAUGCGCACCAGAGCAUGCUGCAUACUCGGCAAAGGUCCCAAAAGGCAUCCGGGCGAAGGAUGUGGCCGCACUUGUGGAGGAGAACCGGGAGUGGAUGGAGGAGCCCACAGAGCGCGAGGGCCUAACCGGCAGCAAAAACAUGUAUGACAUCUGCGCGAACCUCAUCAUCGCCAAAACCACGAGCAUCGAGCGCGUCGUGGAGCUUUCACAGGAGGACGUUGAGGCGAUCUCUCGGUCCCUUGAGACGGGCGCCACUGAGUCGAUCUUCGAGAAGGGAACCCUGCAAUGCCGGAAGGGCGUCCGGCUUGGAGGGGUCCCUGUGGAGCACUUGACGAUUCAAGGAAUCCUAUGCGAAGAAGGCGAUCUGCGUGUCAAGUACUGGCAGAGCGGCGACGAGCGUCAUCACACGUGGAUGACCACGGAGAAGCAUGGGCGGAUGCAGGGCGUGGCAGCCAUCCCUGAGAAGCUCCGCGGCCUCAAGCUGGGUGAGAAGAACGCCCGCAGGAACAAGAAGCGACUGAAGGUCGAAGGCACAGUUGUUGUGCUCCGCAGUGGCGUGGCCUUUGUGGAUGUCACAGAGCAGGGCAAGUUUGCUCCGCUUUGCGGAUUCGUUUCUCAUUAUUGGGGCCAGGAGACCAUCGAGUUUUCCCAGAUCCUGCUGCAGCACGCCAAGAAGGUCUACCCCGAAGACCCAGGGGAGGUGUGCUACUACGUGUGCACGUUCUCAAACAACCAACAUUGCGUGGAUCUGGGUGGAGACGACCUCGCGCAGUCCCCAUUUAACUUGGCCCUGGAGCACAUCGCAUCCUGCUACCGCGAGCGGCAGGAGCCAAUGUACGGUGCCGUGAUGAUGUUCGAUGCGGCAUGUGCCCCGCUCACGCGCAUUUGGUGCGUAUACGAGAUCUUCCGGUGCCAUUCCUUGGGCCUGACACUCGACCUGUUCAGCAUCGACGGUCAGCUGAGCCGCACUAGCAAGUCGCCCCUCAUGAACCUGAUCAUCGAGCAGCUCACAGAAAUCAAUCUCAAGGAUGUUGGGAGCUCGGAGAGGGAGGACAAGUUGAAGAUCGAAGCCAAAAUCUCAGAGCACCCCGGCGGCUGGACGGCAGUCCUUGGAAAGAUCCAGCUUCAGGUCAUGGACCUCCUGACCUUUGCCGGUAGCCUCGCCAUCACCCGGAACAUUUUCACAGGCAAGCAGGUGGAGCCUGAAGAGAUCGAGCUGAAGGACCUGUCGACGGGGGAGGUGAGGCUUUCCAACGCCAUCAUCGAUGCCUGCAUUGAGGGCCAGUUGCGGAGGAUCCUCCUGCUGGGGCCUGGAGGCUCCGGGAAGACGGUCUUCACAAGGGAGGUGGUGCGGAGGGUGGUGGACUGGGCGAGACAGGACCCCGCGGCAGCCGGCGUCGUACCCGUGCGUGUCCCCCUCGCUGAGCUGGCGCAACACGUGCAGGAUUUCGGCGAAGACCCGCUCUGGAGCUGGGCCGAGCGUGCCUUCGGCACCGACAGCCGGGAGCUCUUUCGCGGCGACGUGAAGCUCCUCCUGGUGCUUGACGGCUUUGACGAGGCUGGUGCAGCUCGCCGGCGGAUCGUUGACUGGCUGCAGGGCUGGCUGGAGGCUCACAGCAGCUGCUGCGUUUGCGUCGUCAUGACCAGCCGGCCCUCGGGCACCGAUCAGGUCUUGGAGGCCGAUGACAUCGUCCGCGAUGCGAUGCACAUUCCAGUGCUUGCCCAGCUGUCGGAGACCCGUUUCGUCACGCCGGACCCGCUGCCCGAAAAGAGCUACGUCGAGCUGCAGGGGAGCUACGUCGAGCUGCAGGGCAGCUCGCGCCUGGCCACGAACCGGGUGGCCUCCAUUGCACAGGGCUUCUGGCUCACGCGCGUCGAGCUCGCAACCAAGCUGUUCGAGGUCUUUGGGAAGCUCAUACGCCGUCACCUAGACUUUCACCGAGACAAGUUAAAGGUUCGGCGGAAGGACCCCCGCCGGAUACUCUCUGCCGCGCUGAUGCUGCAGGGGCCAGCAGAUGCAGCCCGAGCCCGGGACGGGGUCCUGGAGCAAAUGCUCCGGGAGGCGGGCGGCGACCCCACGAACCCCUACAAGAUGGGCAUCGUUUGGACUGAUGGGACCUGCGAAGAGGACCACAAGAUCGAGGAUAUUGAGUUGCAUCACCCCCCGUACGCCGUCUACUUAUGCCAGAUGCUGGCCGAGGGCGGGGGCCUGCAGGGCAGGGAGGUGGAUGACACAGACGUGACCCUGCAACUUGCUGGUGAGUGCCAUUUUUUACUCACUGGCGACUUGCAAGUUGGUGAUGUCAUAGUUCUGAGUGAUGAAGAAGAAAGCAAGAACCUUCAGCUGCUGCCACACCAGCGCUGCUUUGUCCUUACCAUGGACCGCGCCGUCACUGAGUGCCCUGCAGAGUUCACAGAGCUGACGACGCAGACCGAGCUUGCCACAGGGCUCUGCUUCCAGCCUCUAGAGCUGCUGCCGCUGACGAAGAUAGCAGCGGCAAGGAUCGCAAAAUGCCGGCAGGAUGAACUGUGCGCUCUGGCUACUGAGGUCUGGCAGACCCCGCUGAUGGCAAGCCUGCUGGGCAAGUACCGCGAAGAGCAUGAGGAGCUCCCUGCUGCAGCGGGGUCCGAGCUAGAGCUCAUGCGGUUUGCGGUCGAGGCCCUACUGGCGCAGGCAGAGCAGCGCACCGGUAGCUCGGGGCUUCGGGAAGUGCUGCGCCACGUUUGCUUGAGAACGCUGGAGGACGGGCAGCGGCUUCUGCAAGAGGCGGACUUUGCGGGCAAGGAGGUCGUGUUCCACGAAGCCCUGAGAGGCCACCUAAGUUUCUUCGAGCCGGCCACCGGCCAGGAUGCUGUGCAAAUCUACCAUUUGCGCAUGCACGAGCUCCUGGCAGCAGAGGCCUGGAGGGACUCGGAGCCCCCUGCCAGGCACCCGCGGGGUUGGCAGAACGCUUUCGGCAAAGUGCAGGUGCAGCGCAUGCUGCAAGGAGCCUUGCGCUAUUUCCUCAUGCUGGAGAUGCCGGACAUGGCCCAGGGACCAGAAGUUCAAGUGGACUUAAGCGGCAUGCGUCAUCCGCUAGCUGCCGCAGAAACGGAGAUCCUUUUGGACGGACUUCCAGUGUGCCUCGAGCCCCUGACCGAAAAAUUCCUGCUGCACCUCCCAUCCGAUUCCAGUGUCGGACCCAAGGGCGCCCGGGGCCUCACUGAAGCGCUGCGGCGCUGCAAAGUGCUCCGGGAGCUGGACUUCAAGUCGGUUGACAUUGGCCUCGGCCUGGAAGCCAAGGAGGCUGCCGCGGCAAACGCGCUGCACGGCCUCCAGGAGCUAACUCAUUUGAAGCUCGACUUGUCGAACAAUCAGUGUGGCACUAAGGGUUGCAGCUCGCUGGCAGAAGCCCUCAGCCACCUACCAAUGCUGACUGCAGUGGAGCUCGUCCUUGACUACCUUGACCUUGGUGCAGAGGAGGCAGUCACUCUGGCCAGCGCACUUCGCAGCCUCCAGGACCUGACUCAGCUGAAGCUUAGUUUCAGCUGGCAUUGUACAAUCCGCCCCGAGGGCUGGCAGUCGCUGGCAGAAGCCCUCGGCCACCUCCCGAAGCUGGCAGCUCUGGAGCUCGACCUUCAGUGGUGUCAAGCUCAGCUCGGCGCAGAGGAGGCAGCCACUCUGGCCAGCGCACUUCGCGGCCUCCAAGAUCUAACUCGGCUGAAGCUUCACGUACAAAUCGGCCCCGAGGGCUGCCACUCGCUGGCAGAAGCCCUCGGCCACCUCCCGAAGCUGGCAGCUCUGGAUCUGCUCUUUAGCAAUUGCAAGCGCGGUCUUUGCAUCGAUGACGUCGCCUUCUUUCCAGGUGUGGAGGCAGCCGCCGCUCUGCCUGACGCCCUUGCGGGGCUACAUGAGCUCCAGCAGCUGACCCUCAAUUUGAUGGGCUGGCAAACCGGUGCAGAGUGGGGCGCCUCCCUGGCCCGGUCCUUGACUGCCAUCAGCGAGCUGCGGGAGCUCAACCUUUGCUUGCAUUCGAUCCAGCUCGGCGCGGAGGGAGGCGCCGCCCUAGCCCAGACCCUGGUCAGCCUCAACAAGCUUCGAAAGCUCAACCUCACUUUGGACUGGGCUGAGCUGGGAGAGGAUGGCGGAAAAUCGCUGGCACAGGCCCUCGGACAGCUGCUGAAGCUCACCAAGCUGCGGCUCGAAAUCUCCGGGCUUCGCACCGAGGAGGCUGUCGCCCUGGCCGGUGCUUUGGGCAACCUCACGGAGCUCCGGGAGGUGAACCUCCUCUUCGGGAAGAGUCCCCUCGUCGGCCUCCCAGUCUGCCUGAAGUGGGCGGAGGCCCUUCGCCAGCUCACCGCAAUGGCCAAGCUGGUUAUCGACUUGCAUGGCUGCGGCAUCGGGGAGGAGGAGAAGCCGGAGCUCCGCGCCGCGCUGGGUGCUCUGCUGGCAACAGAGAAGCAGAUCUGGCUUUGA